AGCUUGUGUAUCUCUAUGCACUUAAUUAGUUGUUGCUCGGCGUAAACCUCGUCAUAUCGAGGACUGAAAGCAGUGCGUGCCGCAGUGGGGGCAGAGAGCGUAGCGUGUGGUUCAGUGCCAAAUCACGUUACGAAGCCUGUGCGGGCCGGUCUGCAGAUGCUAGUAGCAGUCCUCUUCAAGUGUUUCUUGCUUAAAACGUCUGCACUGUCAGGCCUUCAGGCCUGCAGGGGCCGCCUUCUUCCGGGACUAAAUAUUCCGCAGCUCGGAUAUAGCUAAGGGCGGUCAGGACAGUCAUAGGCCCAAUCAGAUUCUCCCGUGGGGCAGAUACUAGCCCACUGAAACUGUCAAUCACGAACAGCUUUAUCCAUGCAUUCAACCGGGCCGCGCGUAUUGGUAACGAAUGCGCUGUAUGCCAGCGGUAAUUAUCUACUAUAUUUAGCAUGAACAUAUCAUCUUCAUACGUCCACCAAGUCCCCCACUCACUCACUUGCAGCACUGACACCAGUCCCUCGAAUACUAUGACCAUAGUCUCAGAUGAUCCCAAUAUGUGGCCGCUAAUAAAUUUCCAAAUGAUUCUCAGCUAUUUUACAGUUGCAGCCUUGACUGCAGUGUUGUACGACUGGGUACUGGCUUUCGGACAGGAGUUUGAACUUAUCUGGAGGAAACGCUGGUCCCUCAUGACUGUUUUAUAUAUCAGCGUGCGCUACACCGGAAUAAUAUACUGUGUCAUAGUAUUCCUGUCAACACUUCCGUCAUUCUCGGUGACAGAUGCAGGCACUACUUAUUACCUUGUACAAUGGUGGAUACCUGUCAUCGUAAAUGCAAUGCUGGGCGUUAUUAUGAUCGCCCGAUUAAAUGCCAUGUAUCAGCGAUCCCUAAAAAUGUUCACCUUUCUCGUUUUAACCUUCCUGGCUAAAACGAUCGCCUCUGGACUAAUCAGUGUAUUGGACAGUGGUCAUAUUUCAGGGGAAGAACUCGUUCUGUCCAAUAUCCAUUGGUGCAGUUACCAAGGAGUGGACCUACUUAUGAGAGCCGAGAAUUGGAUAUUCUUCACUGCAUGGGAGGUCCUCACAUUGUGUCUUGCAGUCUGGAUCGCUGCAAGACACUUCCGGGAACUGCCAUCCACAGGUUCGGUCGUCGGGGACUGUUUCACGGUGUUGAUCAAAACCCACAUGCUUUACUUUGCAGCCUUUACUGCUAUUUCUGGCUUAAACCUCGGCCUGCUGUCCCAAAGUAUCUCGGAGUCAACUUCUGUGGGAGCUGAAAUGUAUCUCGGCAUUCUUCGAGUCUUCUCUUUCGUGCAGAUGUUUCUGCUCGGACCACGCCUUAUUAUUGGCGUCCGAGAAUAUCACGAUGCGCUCGUGGCCAACUCUAAUGAAGGGAUUGGCGUUAUUACAAUUGCUUUCCAGGAGCGCGCAAUGUCUUAACUGACGGGGCUUAGCAGGUGAAACGAACGGAAGUUACAGCACUCUCGGGUAUGCUGCAGUAGGUCGGCUCUUACUGCUUGCUCGUCUACGAUGGAGUAUUGGCCGGGUCGUUGAUCAUGAUGAGGUCCGAGAUUGAUUUGUUGGAAGGUCAAAAGGAGAGAGCACGGCGCUUGAGUCUUGACGCUUUCGUGCCUUGGUAUCCUUCUGGAGGAUCUGUGGACAUUGCUACGGAGACAUGAUUAGUUAUUGUCUAGAGGUGAUAAAAUAUUAACAAGGCAAAUAAUUAGGAGGCGUGACCGCCGUUGUUGAAC